AUGAAAUACAUUAAAAUGACAGAUAUAUUUGGUGUCUAAUAUAGAUAAUAGAUCUCUUUGGAUGAAAAAGUCUAGAAGUCUGCCUUAAGUGGAAUAUGUUCAUUAAUUGUACUAGGUGCCAGUUUCGGAUACUUCCUAUAUAUAAUGAAUCUAUGGUGGAGUUCCAAAAUCCUACCAAAUUCAACUAGUAUAAUGAAAGUUGAGAACUACUCUUAAAUUUUAUAUAAUGAAGAUGACCUAUUCGAAUUCAGUUAUUGGAAGUAUACUAAUGGGUAAAUUGACCCAUUUAGGUUGUAGCGUAACAUAUUAACACCUAUUGGAAUCUAUUUUAUUAAUGGUAUUCCACAGAAGCCUUUUUCUCUUUUAGAUGAAAAACCUACAAUCUCACCUUAUAAUACUAGUCUCUAAAGAGUUGAUAACCUAUCAUUAAUUCAAAAUAGUGGUUAUGAUACUACCUUGAAUUAGACUACCGAAUUGAUGAUCCUAAUUACUGCAUGUAAUUCCACUCUAUUAAAAAGCUAAUAUGAAUGUGCAUCUGAUUCUGAAAUUUAAGACUUCUUUGAAUAAUCUGUAAAUUAUAUCAGUUUCUGGUUGAAUUUAAAGUAGUACGAUCCCCAUUCAUAAAAGUUCUAGGUGGUGAAGAAACAGUAUUAUUUAACCCUUGACUCUCAAAUAUCUCAUUAGGGUUAAUUGAUUUUGACUUAAACAUAAGCAACUAUAGAUACUGGCAUUUUAUUUGGUAAUUAUGAAUAAAAAAGCUACAUCUACAAUGCGUAAUUGAUAACAAGUGCAACAAAUAUACAUUUUUUUUCGACAUUAUUAGUAGAGAGUGCAUAUCUAAGCUUGCUAAUAAGACUUGAUCCCAUAUCUAACGAUACAUAAAUAGUGUAUCCUAAACUAGGAGCAAUACUUGCUUAAGUGGGAUCAAUAAUGAGCAUAUUAAUGACUAUACAGUAUGUUCUGCGUUAUUACAAUGAACAAUUACUGGAUUCUGAUUUCAUCGAUAAGGUUUUGGGGUUCUACUUUUAGGAUUAUUCUGAAGUAAAACAAUCAAAAGAUUAAGCAGACUCUAAAAUAUGUAAAGAUUUGAUAGAAAAAGCUAAAAAGAAACUAGUUUAAAUAACGCAUCUAUGA